AUGGAAGCCCUCAGCAUUGACGACUGGCCCAAGGAGCAGCAGGCGGCGCAGCAGGCGGCACCACAGCCACAAGAUGAGGCAGCAGAGAAGGCCAAGAGGGUGUGCAACCUGGGGAAGCGGCUGCGGCAGAUUUUUGCCCUGAUUCCCUGUUCUGUCCAAACCCUGUUGCUCUGUCCACUCACUCGACCCGCUGCAGAUGAGGCAGCAGAGAAGGCCAAGAGGGUGCGCAACCUGGGGAAGU